AUGGAAGAGCCUGAAGUUGAAGAUGAUACCAACUCCAACGCAGAUGAAGAUGUUGAAUCAAUGGUAAUAGAUAAAGAGUGUUGGGAACAUGAGGUGGGCGAUGAGGAUGUUUCAAUGAAAAGGGCAACAACAACUAUUCAGAAGAAAGACAGGUUUUUGAACAAACUUUGCCCAAAUGUUGAAGAGGAAGAAGAUUCUAAUAUUAAGCAACUACCACCUGUAUACCAUGUGCAAAAUUCUGAGCAACAAUGGGAUGAAAUGGCUCCCAUGUUAAGUAUGAAAUUCACUAAUCCUACCGAACUUAAACAAUGUCUUACCAACUAUUUUGUUAAGCAUGGUUAUGAUUUGUGGUAUGAAAAGAAUGAUAAAAACAAGCUUCUUGUGAAGUGUUGCAAAGAUAAAGAACCUACAUGCCCUUUUCGGUUGUGGGCUUCUUGGAUGCAAGAGGAAAGGACUUUUCAGAUUAAGUCACUUAAAUCAAGUCAUAACUGUGUUAGAGAUUUUAAAAUAGGCUUAGUGACUUACAAGUGGAUAGGGAAACAAUAUUUCAAUGUACUUCUGGAAAACCCCAGGUUUAGUUUGAGGAAAAUCAAAGCUCAAAUCUCAAGCACAUAUAACAUCAUAGUUAGCAUUAGACAAUGUAGAAAUGAAAAAAAGUUUGCAUUGUCUGAGAUAGAAGGCACUCUAAAAGAGCAUUAUAGUAGGUUGUGGGACUAUGGCAUAGAAAUCAAAAGAGCUAAUCUAGGAUCAACCAUGAAUAUGGAAGUUGACCAUACCCUUGAUGGAAAUCUAGUGUUUAAACGGUUGUAUGUAUGCUUUAAAGGUGUAAGAGAUGGUUGGGUAGAAGUGUGUCGACAAAUCAUUGGGAUUGAUGGAUGCUUUCUCAAAGGAAUUUGCAAGGGUGAACUCUUAGUUGUCGUGGGUAGGGAUGCCAAUAACAGCAUGUCCCCCCUAGCUUGGGAUGUUGUAACUAUUGAGAACAAAGAAACAUGGCAAUGGUUUCUUGAUCUACUCAUGGAUGAUAUUGAUAGAGGCAAUGGAAAUGAGCUUACUCUUAUAUCAGAUGGACACAAGGGUUUAAUUAAAGCUAUCAAGGAAAGGGUUCCUCAUGUUGAGCACAGAUUAUUUGCUAGGCACAUACUAGCCAACUUCAACACAAGGUUCAAAGGUGAACAUUUUAUCAAGCCAUUUUGGAGAGCUGUGAAGGCUACUACAAAAUAGAGACAUGAAGCUGCUAUGCAAGAUAUCAAGGAAUUAGAUAGGGGGUAGUUGAUUAUCUCAUGGAGAGGGACCCUAAAUGUUAUUGCAG